ACUUCCGUUUCCGGCCUGUAUAUUUUUCGUUUUCGCUCAGUCAUCAAUCAAGAGGAAUAGUGUCAACAUUUAUUUAUCUUAAUCAAUUUAUACAAUUUUAAAACUUGGAAGUGUACACAACUAUGAUGGGAGAUUCCCAUUCGAAAUUACAGCAGACAAAAAAAAACUCGAUUUCGGAUGACUAUGAAGUUAAACAUUCGGAAGUGUUGGGACUUGGUAUUAACGGAAAAGUUGUUGAGUGCUAUGAGAAAAAAACAGGACGUAAAUUCGCUUUAAAGGUUAUUUUUUAUUUAUUACAAAGAUUAUCAUGCUUAAGACAAGUAUAUGUUUAUUAUUUUGACGCUAAGUGACAUUUACACGUGACUCAAGAUACUACGCGAUUCACCGAAAGCGCGGCGAGAAGUUGAGUUACACUAUAAGGGCUCAAGUUGUAAGCAUAUUGUUCAGAUCCAUGAUGUAUACGAAAAUACGUAUCAAAGCCACAAAUCUCUUCUCGUUGUUAUGGAAUGUAUGGAUGGAGGCGAGCUUUUCACAAGAAUAUCAGAAAGAGCUGAAGGAGCCUUCACUGAACGAGAGGCUGCUUCAAUAAUUUACGAUAUUUGUCAAGCUAUAAAGCAUCUUCAUGAUAAAAAUAUUGCUCAUAGAGACCUUAAGCCAGAAAAUCUAUUAUAUUCUUGCAAGGGACCUGCUGGUAUCCUAAAAUUAACAGAUUUUGGAUUUUCUAAGGAAUUGAGUAGUAGUAAAAGCCUUCAAACUCCCUGUUAUACCCCCUAUUAUGUAGCCCCUGAAGUUCUCAGCCAAGAAAAGUAUGGCAAAGCCUGUGAUAUGUGGUCCUUAGGAGUAAUUAUGUAUAUUCUCUUGUGUGGUUAUCCACCGUUUUAUUCAACACACGGAGCAGCUAUAUCUCCUGGUAUGAAGAAGAAAAUUAGAAAUGGACAAUACGAAUUUCCCAAAGCUGAAUGGCAAUAUGUUAGUGAGGAUGCAAAAAAUUUAAUCAGGGGACUUUUGAAGACAGAUGCCGAAUUUCGACUAACAAUAUUCGACGUUAUGGAGAAUAAAUGGAUUCGCGAACAUCAAAAUGUUCCUCAAACGCCAUUGGUUUCCGCACAAAUUUUGAAGGAAGAUGCUGAAUUGUGGCCAGAAGUGCAAGACGAAAUGACGCAAGCCUUGCAAACAAUGAGAGUUGACCCUGAUGUUCCAGCAAUGAAGCCCAUGGAAAUAGCCAAUAAUAGGAUUUUGAAUAAAAGAAAAAAGAAACCAUAAUUCAUUUAUCAUUAUGGUUUUAAAUUUUCUUUUCUUUUUAUUCUUUCUUUUAAUUUUUGUCCUUUAAAAUUUACAUAUAUAUAUAUAUAUAUAUAUAU